AUGAGUGAGGUGUUCCCUACAGGCUUGCCUGAAGAGUUUACGCUGAUCUUCACCCUGGCUUUAAAAAAGGCAGCUCUUAGAGACACCAUCUACCUCCUUCAGAUAUCAGAUCAGCAGGGAUAUCCACAGUUCUCUGUGGACUUCAGUGGCCCUGAAGGGAUCCUGUCCUUACGAGCCUCAGGGGUAGACACCACAGCUGACCCAGUAAGCUGUGUUUUCACUGGGGAGGGUGUGGAGACCCUGAUGGAUCUCCGCUGGCAUAAAGUGGCCAUCAGUGUACAACGAGAUACCGCCUCCCUGCAUGUGGACUGCAGCUCCAUGGAGACCAAGCCCCUUGAGCCACGAGGUUCUCUGAAAACUGAUGGACACACACUGCUGGGUGUUCGAGCUUCAGACGCUGGACCAGUACAAAUGGAUAUUCAGCAGGUGACGAUGUACUGUGACCCUUCGCUUGCCGUUCAGGAGACUUGCUGUGAGAUACCUGGUGCUCGGUUGCAUCCAAGGGUCUUGCAGAAAAAGUUGUAAACUUUGGUGGAACAGCUGGGUUGAAAGGAGAAAAAGGUGACCGGGGUGAUGGCUGUUCUGGCUCCAGUUCAGGACCAUGCACAGAAGGACCCAAAGGCCAGAAAGGAGAGAAAGGCGAGUCGGGAGUAUCGGGAUCACAUGGUGCCAAGGGAGAAAAGGGAGAGUCGUGUUCUUCAUGCGUCAGCGUUGGCGAACUUCCUGCUAACCUCAACUCUGGGGUCAUGACCCAAAUGUUGCUGCAGGCGAAGGGGGAAAAAGGGGAGCCUGGGAUUGGACAAAAAGGGAAUCAAGGGGAACCGGGAAGCGUAGGUUUACCUGGACAAGGAGGAGAGAAGGGUAAUGCAGGCAGCGCAGGCACUGAUGGAAAGCCUGGAAAAACUGGACCAAGGGGACCGAGUGGCAAGAAUGGACUAAAAGGUGAAAAGGGAGAACAAGGGCCACCUGGUGUUGGUGAAUAUGGCCAAAAGGGUGAGAAGGGCGAGUGCAGUGUUUAUCAACCAACAGCACAUGACAGCCAGCCCAACGGAUUUCCCGAGGGACAAAAAGGUGAACCCGGCCCACCAGGUUCACCUGGACCACCAGGACUUGGAGCUGAUGGCAAACAGGGAACAACGGGCCUGCCUGGUGCUAAGGGAGAGCAGGGCGAACAAGGAGACAAAGGAGAGAUGGGACUGAAUGGUGUUCCUGGAGUCCCAGGACCUCCUGGAGGUCCUGGUCUGAACGGACUGAGGGGCUUAAAGGGAGAGAAGGGGGAGGCAUGUACAAGCUGUUCUUCUUCUGGGCCUGCAAUUGGGGAUGGUGUAGCUGUGCCAGGCCCCAAAGGAGAGAAAGGAGACUCUGGGCCCCCUGGAUCAGGAAAGCCUGGCAAGAAUGGAAAUCCAGGUAUUCCAGGUUUACCUGGGUCACCUGGUUCCAAAGGAAGUAAGGGAGAAGCUGGCGCUGCAGGAUUUGGCCUUCCAGGACCACAGGGUGAAGAGGGACCAAGGGGUCUCCCAGGACUUGUAGGACCUCAGGGUGUUCAAGGAUCACCGGGCCCUGUUGGACCAGCAGGGGGAAAGGGCUCCAAAGGUGACACAGGACUUCCUGGGCCUCAGGGGCCCACAGGUUUAGGAGUAGCAGGGCCUCCGGGUAAAGACGGAGCCCCAGGCUCAAGAGGACAACCAGGAGCUGAUGGCCAACAUGGACAUGAUGGAGCUAAGGGGGACAAGGGUGAACCAGGACAGUGCAACUGCAUCACGCCAGGGCCGUCAAGUGUAGGCGGACCUGGUCCCCCAGGCCCUCCUGGCCCUCCAGGCCCCCCCGGACCUCAGGGAGUGACUGGAAUCCAAGGACCCCAGUGUAGGACUGAAGGUUCUGGCUGGUCACAGGGGGACCACAACAUUGAGCAGAUUGUCCGUUAA